AUGGAGGUGAUCGAAGUGAGAAAGCACAGCGGAAACAGCGGAAAAGAAGGCGAACAAAACGUCAAAGUACCAGAAUGCCUUCCUCGCCCCCUGCACAAAACACGCAGUGAAGGUGCAGCUCGCUUUCUGUCCCAUGCCCCAAAAUUUGUCACAAUACUACCAGCUCAAAUAUCGAUAAAUACGAACGAAAAAAUCGUCAUCAUUGUGGAAGUCGAAGCCAUCCCAGCUGCUGAAUUCAAAUGGGAUGUGAACGGAUUUGAAUUAAAGCCUUCCAAGAAGGUCACCAUACUUAACGAACCGAAUCGAUCCACACUAAUGAUACAACCUCCUGUGAAACAGGGGAAAUACAGCGUUACCGCAUCCAACGAGAAAGGAAGAUCUACACUGCAAACUAAAGUGGUUUACUUAGUAACAGAGAUCAUUGAGGAAGUACACAGUGAAACUAUCGAAACCGAAACGACCACCGAGACUGGUCCCGACAUUGUGCAGUCGGCGGUUACGGUAACUAGUGCUAACGAAGCCGAAUGGGAGAUGGUCGACAGUGUCGACUCUUCUCCUUCAACAACUUCAGUAAAAACAGUUAGAGAAGGUGAACGGACUGCUGCAGCUAUUGUAGAGAAGGCAGAACUAACCGUUCCCAUAACCGAAGCAAAAAUUCAGAAGGUCGAAGAAGAGAAAUCUACUAUAGAAAAUGGAGUACACACUACCAUAAAAGUACAGAUAAAAGAAGAAGAAACUACUUCUACGAGUACUGUGAAGCCAACUAUUCCAGUAAAAACUAGUGAAAACAUUCCAAAAAGACCAAUACUCCUUUCACCGCCCACUCAAAAUGUGCAUGUUGCUGCAGGCGAGAAAUUAGUCUUAGAAUCGAGAGUAGACAGCAACCCACCGGCAACGUUCCGUUGGUACGUGAACAAUUUUGAGACGAAGGCAGGACAAUUCGUUUCAAUAGAACAACCAACGGAAAACAUUUCUAUCGCCACAUUCCAGAAACCUGCACCAGGAUUAUACAAAGUGGUGGCAAGCAAUCCACUUGGAGAAGUCGUCGCAGUGUCAAAGGUCACCACAGAGCUAAUCGUGGAAGAGUUGAAAGAACGAACGAUUGUAACCACCACCACCACCACGAAACCGACGAUGUACACACUAAAAAGGAAGCCUUCAGUCACAGCGAGGGAUGAUUUGCCAAAACCACCUCGCUUUGUUGAACGACUUCCGGUGUCGCUGAAAACUACUUCAGAACAACCUAUCAAACUUAGGGCUGCGGUAGAUGCAGUUCCGGAAGCUACAUUCAUGUGGUUGUUAAACAAUUUCGAAUUGAAGAGAAGUCAGAAUAUUGACAUCACCCGAGUGGCUGAAAACAUUUCGGAACUGAGCCUUCUGAAAGUCCAACCUGGAAAAUACGAUGUUUUUGCUAAGAAUAAUAUGGGUCAAGACUCAUGCUCUUGCAAAGUGAUCGUCGAGUACGAACAACCGUUACAGAGCUCGCCACCUCCACCACCUCCCAAAUUUGCGCAGUCUCUCCAUGAGGAAACUACCUACACUCGCGGAGAAGGAGUCAGGUUGGAAGUUGUCGCAUUGGGAUCGCCUCCCUUUAGCUUUUCAUGGCUCUUAGACGGAAAUGAGCUCAAAACAGAUCAGAACAGUCAUAUUACUGUCGAUGGGAAUAAAUCAGUGCUUAUCACAAAGGAACACAUUGAAAAUGGCAGCAUUAUUACAGUAGAAGUUAGCGAUCUGCACGGGAAAAAUCGGUCGCAUACUGUAAUGAGGGAGGCUAUUGAAGAAGAAUACAAGAAAACUAUUAUCGUCGAAAAGGAGUUGUUGAAAGAUGUUCCAGUGGCCAAGGAACCAGUGAAAGUGGAAUCGGGAACGAUGAAGUUAGUGGAAGAAGAAAGGGUGUCAGUAAAAGAGGAACUUGUGACGAAAGAACAGCCGAAAGAAGCACCCACCUUCAUUAAUGAACUCCAAAGUCUUCACCUAUUUGAGGGAGACACACUUACACGUACGGUUCGGCUCAGGGAGGAUAGCGGAGCUUCCAAUUUCGGAUGGUUCGCAAAUGGACUCUUGAUCAUACCCGGUGACCAAGUCCGAAUCGAAUCCACAACACAUGAAAGCACCCUAACAAUAGAGAAUAUUGGAGAAAUGACAAACGUUGAGCUCAGCGUUAUGGCCAGCAACCAGUUCGGAUCGUCAACAUCAUCAGCGAAUUUGACAGUGGCCAAGAGACCAGAUGAAUCAUUUGAGAUGGUGCCGCCAAACCUUCCAGAAGAAUCGGCACCGAAGAUUGUUGAACCCCUACAUUCGGCAUCCUUCAUCGAUGGUCAGCCAAUGGUUUUGCGCUGUCGCAUCGAGGCUGUUCCUUCGGCUGCAGUGAUUUGGUCGAAGGACGACGUGAACGUCGAGGAAUGGGUUAUUAACAAGGACGUUGUCACUAAGAUACUUCCCGGAGGCAUUUGUGAACUUCUUAACCCCGAAGUUUAUCCCGAAGAUAGUGGAUUGUACAAAUGCACAGCAACGAAUCCAUAUGGCACAGCUGAAACUGCGGCUUACAUAAACAUAGAAGGAAUCACAUAUCGAAAAGACCGCGAGGAAGCAACGACCAGUGAGACUGUGUCAGCCGCGGCAGAUGAGUCCACUGUGGUACCUGCACCGCCAACAUUCGUCGAGCAACUCACCGCUGAAACCGAUGGAGCGUACGUGCUGAACUACGUGAGACUGCUGUGCAGAAUCCGAAGUUCUACAACAACGACGAUUUCAUGGUGGAAAGAUAACGUUGAGCUUAUACCAGGCAAAAAAUACGAGUUCCACAGGUUCUCCGAUGGAGCGCUAAUCCUUACCAUCUACGAACCUCAAUUAUCUGACAAUGGUAUAUACACGUGUAGGGCUGAAUCGGAACAUGGUUUGAGCCAUAGCACGUGUGAAGUUGUUGUUCCAUCUAGAUCCACAAUAGCAGAAAAGCCAGAAACAAUAAGCGAACCUCCACCUGAGGCAUUUGACAUUGUCGAGAAGUCAACAGUGCAACUAAAAGAGACUAUCAAGGAGGACUUCGUUGCCACAACAGAAAUCACUAAGCAUGAAGAGGAAUACAAAAUUCUGGUGAAAGUGGCGGACAGUGUGGCCAGUACUCUUGUUGCCAACAUAUUUGUGGAUGCUGUUCGUGAAGCUGUGAAAAGAAUCAUGGAAGAAGAAAGCGAAGAGGAAGAAAUUGUCGUUGUGGAUGCCCCUGUGUUCGAAACAUCAAUAGAACGAUAUGUUGUUAAGGAAAAUGAGACAGUGACAAUUAGCACUGUCGUUUCUGGAACACCAACACCGUUCAUCGAAUGGUACUUUAAAGACAAAAAGUUGCAAGUGACUGAACAAAUCAACAUGGGUUAUGAGAAUAGAGUUGCAACCUUGAUCUUGAAGAAUGUUACCCAAGCACAAGAAGGCACCUACUACUGUCAUGCUACCAACGUUCACGGCACAACGGUGCUGGCGAGCGAAGUAAAAGUUCUUCCAGAAAAAGCCAGCGACACCAUUCGUCUGACUCUAGCUAAAUACGAUAAACAAGAUGAGAGUGAACAAAUUGUCACAAACAUCUUUGCUCAUUACAAAGAAGAUCAGUUUGAGGAAACAAUUAAAUUGCAUAUACCUGAAAAAGCAAGUGAAUCUGCACAACUAACGGCUGUGGCUGUACCAGUGGUGACUGAAAAGGCGCCAACUGAAGGGUUGAUUCCCGAAGUACACCGACCAAGUGAAGAAACAGAAGUGCGUCCUGUUCCGCCACCACGAAAGCAUGCACCGAGCCAAAAAGAGGAGACAGCUGUACCCAUUGUGGUUGAGAAGCCUAUCGAAGCUGCAGUAACCGAAUCGAAAAUUGAUCAGGAUGAAGAAUCGCAGUUGGUGGUCUCCAAGUUUGCCGAAACGUUUGCUAACACCGUUAUGAACCAAGUUCAAACUACAUUGCUAAGUAGCGAAUCGACUCUUCAAGUCACUACUACUCCGUUGGUGAAGGAGCAAGUACAUGAUGAGUCGGCUGCAUCUGUCAAUAUCGAAGGCAAGGAAGACAAGAUAGGCGAAGUUUCAAAACGAACGGCAUUACCAGCGCUCGUUCCCCAACCGCUAUCUGAAAAUAUCGUCGUACAAUCCGCAAUUUCUCUCAAGGAACAGAUUAAUGAAGAAGCAACCACUAUCGAUGCCCGACGGCCGUCUGCGCAAUUCGACCAUACAGUCACUGUUGUCGAGCCGGAGGUCAUCCAACUCGGACUCCAUUUGCCCGAACCGAGUACUCCGACGAUGAAGUUCAUCGAUUUGGAAACUAUCUUGCAACGUCCUGGAACUUCUUCUUCGGCGAACACACUCAUCAGUUCGCCAUCAAAAGGGUCGGCCAACGCUGAGCACCGAAUUGUCUUAUUAGAAGGAGCAUCGCAAAACUUUCAGAAUGCAAUGACAUUAAGCUUGAAGAAGGUACGAAAACUUUCACCAGAAACGACAGAACCAUCAUCGUUUGCACAAGUGGAAAUAUUCAAACCAAAUGAGACCAGUGAAGCAGUUGUCAAGAUCGUUGAUGCCGAAAAAAUUAUCCCAGAUUUACUGCGAGUUGCUGCUGCAGCGAGCAAACUAAAGCUCGAGAACGUAACAGUUAGUUUGGUGAAGCAGCCUAAUACUGCACAUCAUGAGCUCGUCAUAGAGUAUAGAAGUGAUGUGGAAGAUGCGGCCGAAUUCAACCUAUCUCAAAUCAUCUACAGUCAUUCAGAAGAGGAAACAAAGCAAGAGGUUUGGUCUCGACGUUCGCGUUACUCUGAGGUUGACGAGAAUGUUGUUGCUGUUUUCGUUGAAGUGGACGCAACUUGUCCAGAUCAGAACGUCGAAAUUUUGGCUACCGUGAACUCGCCGGUGGAGGAAAAAGUGGAGAAUAAACGAACGCCUUCUCCUGAUUUUACCGAGUUCUCCGAGUCAGGGACAGAAUCCUCAUACGCUACCGGUCAACAACAGCCUAAAUUCUUUCGUACGUUGACGGACUGUAGCGCAGUAGUUGGAAAAACGAUGCAAUUCAAAUGUAUCGUAAGUGGAAUGCCGACGCCAGAAGUAAAGUGGUACGUCGAUGGCGACGUCAUUCAGCACUCACAUGAAUACGAUAUCGUGUACGAGGACGGUGUCUGCAUUCUUAAGAUUAAUGAGGUAUUGGCUGAAGACGAAGGAGAGUACACCUGCGAAGCCUCAAACUCUGUUGGAAAGGUUGAAACCAAGUGUUUCUUGAAAGUGCUCGGAAACAACCGUACAUCUUGCUUCAUAGAGCAUGCUCCAUCGUUAGUAGAGCUCAUCGAUGACGCGUCCGACUCUUUUGAUUCUUUUGAGUUCGAGGAGCGUAAAGCGGACUCGCUUUUCCCGUCCGAAGGGAGUUCUCUCAAACGCUCAUCGAUCACAUAUAAUUCGGAAUUUGACCUGUCAAAAAUAGUUAACUAUAAUGAAAACAUGGAAGAAACCAACGCUUUCCACAAAUACUUUGAAACAUCCGAAACCUCAGUCAAGGUGAAGAUAAACCAAUGCAAAAAGAUAUUUGCAUUUCUACACGCUCCAUCAGUGCAGCAAGCGGAUGUCAGCUUAUCCCUUAGCAGGACAACAUCCACAGACAGUGUGUUAGGAGAAAUCACCCUUCUUUCAUGUGGAAACAAACGUCUUGACCCUUCGUUUAAUCCAGCUCCGUUAAUCUGUGUUAGUCCUUCUGGCAAUCCCGAACCAGAAGCAGCCGUCAACACGCCGUCAAUUCUCUCCAUUGAUAAAAAGUUUGUAAAUGAAUUCUGUGAACCGAGGGAAUUAGAUUUGCCUGAGAAAUUGUCCUACAAAGGCCGAGAAAUCGCAGUUUCUGUAAAUGAAGUGUUAAAGGAAGAGCUCAUCGUUAACGAGAGAGGUGAUAUAGAAAUAGCAAGGAAGACUUGUCUAGAGACUUCACUUCAGUUUGACACUGAGCUAGAUAUUGCUCAAUCGAUAAGGAAGAUUUGUAAGGCUCUCCCUGAACCGAUCGUUGCUGAUGAUCUAAUGUCGAACGUACAAAGCGGAGCUGACAAGUUGGCAUACUUCCCCACAGAACACUUCAAUAUCGAUGAGAAUACUCAGCUGAAUAAUGAGCAAACCCGUGCACAGUCCGUUUUGCCGAAGCCACGUUUGUUGGUCGAUGCUGGAAAGUCGGCAUCAGAAGGGUUUAAUUCACCAGCAUUUGAUCCAGAAUUCAUUAAUAAAAUAAAAGAAAUAGAAAGGAUUGCGAGGAACGUUGAUGCUGAACUUGUCCAGAUUUCUGCAGCUCGUCCACCUCCAACUGUUCCUCUAUGCGAAAAUGCGAAGGAAAUUGAGGAUGCUAUCUAUAAAAUCUCAAACCAACUUCUGCUUUCUCAACCUAUAACGGAGGCCCAGGCUGAGGCAAGCGAGGAAUUGCUCAGGACUACGCUAGCUGAUAUGAUUUUGAAUCCUAGCAGAACAGCUGAGGAAGAAAUGGAGCAGAUGAGACGGCCCAUACGUCUUCUAAAGAGAAAGCUGUCAGACUUUGAGAACUCAUUUAUGGAAGAUGUUGAAGUGAUGAAUAUCAACGAAGAACCACUUGCAGCAUCUACAUCCGCUAUCGAGGAAGGAAUAUCGAAACCUCGUCCACAGUCUAUUGUUAAAGCGCGUGUACCAAGUGCUGAGUAUCUGAGGGUGACACCACUGACGUCUAACAUUAAAGAACAGCUUUCCUGCCUGGAAGACAUGAUAACCCACAUCAGCGAUGAGAGCAUGAACGUAGAUCCAGAAUCGAAAGAAUCCUUACAAAUCAUUAAGGGUCGCACCCAGAAAAAACGUGAACUUCACAACCUUUUUGUGCAGAUAAAUAACGAAAUGAACACCAUUAAAUCGUUCUGCAGAACAAAUCUUUCCAAGAAAGGGACUGACGCCAUAAUGAAUGUCCUGCAAAAGGUUAAGACUCAUGUGACCAGUAUCGUUAACGUCAUGUCGCUUUCGAAAAUGAAACAACCGCAUGCAGUUGAAAAAGAUGCUGUCUGUGUAUCCGUCAAUUACGAGUUCUUCCAGCAACCAGCAAGUGAAAAAAUUGAUGCAAUCAUGUUCUUCAAGAAAUCGUCACUAGAGUCCUGUCCCACUCUAAUGUCUUCCACAAGUAUGUCAACUAGUGACGAUACGUGUAGAUACUCACUUGAGCUGAAGGCUUCCUCGGAAAAAAUAUUAGCAGAUAGUAGUAACGGUGAGGUAACGUUAAAAAGAGACUCUUCCGUAGAGAAAAUGAAAAGCGAAGCUGCUCCCAUUCCUCCACCACGUAUUCGACGCACUGUAAGCGCGGAUCCUGAUCGUGCUCUUGACCCACCCGUUCGUCCACCCAGAAAGAAUAGGAAUGAUUUGAGAAAGAGAGACCUUUCUCUGGAUAGCCACUUAAGCCAGAGUUCUACAAGUAGAAAGUCUUCUCAAGCUUCUUCCCAAGCAAAUGAAAAACCUGUCGUGCCCAGUCCACCUAGCAAACCUAAACGGUCUUUGGCAGGAGAUACGUUCGACUUCUUAAAACAACUUAGUUGCACGCGAUCGCAGAAGAACUCAGGUGAUUUAGAAAAGUCUUUGAUUAUGGAGCUUUCUCAGAUGACGCUGUCCGAGAACGACAGCGUUGAGCUGAUGUCAGAACCAGAGUGGGUACAGUCAGAAUUGAACGCUUCACUGAAGUUAGGUGCUGAAAGAGCGAGGCUAGUGCGAAGUGAAGCAGAUGCAUCACGAAAUGAGGUGACACGGGUUCACACUGGUUGGAUUGAAGCUGAAAAACUAAGCGAAAAUCUGGUAGAGGAGUGCCUUAAUGCUGUAGCAGAAAUAAGUGUUACUACCAACUUCGAAGGUACUAUUGUUUCCGCCGCUUAUGCGUCACAUUUCAAAGCUGACGCUCUUGUUCGGGUCCCUUUGAUGAGUGCAGUUACGUUGUCAGGGAAUGUGCUAACAGACGAUGGUAGAUGCUCGGUUCAGCUACUCUGCGAAGAGUCUGACUAUGCUACUGACACCGACACUUCCGGUCUACUUCGAGGGACUAUUUCGUCGUUCAAUAGAAACUCACCACUUGUGCCGCUGCAUCCGAGAGCUUCUCUCAACCUUUCACAGCAUAGCUUUGGAGCGCUGCUUGAUUUCUCCGAAGGUGAGAACGAUAUCUGUACAGACUUAUCUGUUACCUUCGAACUUGAGCACCAUGUUGACUGCAAUGAUGAACAAGUUAUAACGCAGCUUACCCAUCCAGCAGAAGGAGCAGAGAAUACUUCUUGCGGAAACCAGCGUUACGAGUACGAGCCUAUAGUCGCUGCAGAAUUUAGUAAGGCCUCCGAUGAAACUAUUCAUCUUGUGUUAGAGGAAACUAUUCUAUCCCAAAUGGCCUCCUCAAUUAAGACGGAAGACACAGACCGAACAACACCUCUGUCUAGAACUGGGCUCAGAGAAACGGAUAUUUUGAGCGAUGACUCAGUUCUGACCGAAAUUGAUCGGAGCAUUAUUGAUAAUGUCGCGGAGAAUUUCGAUUUUAUUCGGUCCAACGCGAAAAAGGGGUUAAUCGCAAUUGUCUACCAAGAUACGAAGCAAUGUGCACGCGCCAAUGUCGCCAUCGACAACACUUUUGAUGUUGAAAUAUUUCAAGAGCCAGAGAAUCUUUCUCUAAUAAUUAAAGUGAUCGAAGACCAGUUCAAUUUCACAUCUUUAACUGUCUUGGGGGGCAGCACUGACAACGUAAGAACCUCUUACGCUUACGACGACUUCACCGAGACGAGUUCUUACGAUGAUUUUGAUGGCGAGAACAGAACAGGAAUUUCUGUGUCAAUUAUAGCAAGAAGUCUACAUGACGGAAUAUACGCCUCUCUGGAGGAAAUCCCUUGGGGUGAAGUUGAAAUGACUCUUCAUGAGUGUGAUUCAAUGGCAAGGAGCGUUGAUGACGAUUCAAAAAUGUCCCUGCAAUUCAAUGUGACUGUGUCCGAGUCGAAUCCUGAAGAACGAAAGUCUCUUCGCUCCCAGGUCUCCCUUAAUCUCUCACAAAACACCAUUUCUGAGUUUGACAAUACUAUGAGUACGGGGAGCAUUAACAUACCUAGCUAUGUCAUAAAACUAGGUUCUACCGCUACAAUAACUUGCGAACUUAACAACUACUUACCAGCGAACAGCAAGAUAGAAUGGUAUAAAGGAAACACACAAAUAGCGAAAUAUCCUGGGAAACUGGAUCGCAUAAGUCACGACCUAUUGGAGGUGCUUAUAAUUGCCAAUGUACAAAUGGAGGACAACGAAUUGUACAGUUUAAAGGUUAACGACGAUAUCUUCCCUGUUGCUUACCUAAUAGUGGAGGGGCCAUCUUCCGACGAGUUGGUGGCUUCAAUCCUUACUCCUCCACAAACGCAGUUUGUCAUGGAGGGACAACCAACAGUGCUGAUGUGCCAAGUGAGCGAUCCGGGACAAGCGGUUCAAUGGCUGAAGGAUAGAAAACCACUUGAAGAAAGUUCAAGACUUCAAAUGGAUGUGUGUGAGGAUGGGUGGAAUCGGGUAGUUUUUGCACAGGCGAAGAUGUCCGACCAAGGCACAUACUUCGCUGUUCUUGGUCAGCAAAGUGUAGCAAUAACCCUCGUUGUUGAAGAGCGUAUCGAUGAGAAGGAGGUCACUGUGGUUGCUUCUGGAACGGAGAGCGAGGACGACGACGUGCAGGAGUAUCUUGUUCCGCCGGGAAGUACAGCCACGAUAGCUUGCGAGUUGGAGGACGGUGACCACGUGCACACCCUGACUUGGCUCAAGAAUGGUGAACGGAUCCUGUUCACCGAUACGAACAAAAUUGAGCAUGUGACUAAUGGCCUCAAACAUUAUCUCGUUAUCCACGACACAAGCCCCAAAGACACUGGUCUUUACAGUGUAUCUAUUUCGAAUACAGAAUUUCGUGUCGCUCAUUUAGCGGUGAAUGACUUGGCGACAGCUUCGCAGGGACUUCGCCGAAAACGUAUCUCGAAUACAGAUGAGCCGGUUGAGGAAACGUGUGUGCCAGCAGGCGCCAUCGCAACUAUUAAUUGCGAAACAAUCACGGAAGAACAUAAUAUCGAAUGGCUGAAGGAACGAGUACCGAUUUAUGUAAGGCGAGGUGAACCGAAGGACCUCGACAUCCGAUUCGUUGCUGACGAUUCUGAAGAUGGCCAUAAUCACUCACUAACUAUUGUUUCAAUUGAACCGAGUGAUGCUGGAGAAUAUGGGGUGAUCAUCGAUGGCAGAUACACCACUGUCACUAAAAUAGUCGUUACAGAGUCGGAAGUUUUCACGCAGUCCAUUUUUGAAGAGCCAGAAGUUGAUGUUUCGCUGCAAAUGUACUCAGUUCGAGAUGACGCAAGUGUGGAUUUGGUAGAGAAGCGGAUAACUGUUUUGGAAAAAGAUGUUCAUGACGAAACGAGAGCAACUCAGGAAAUCACGCAUCUAUUUGCUUCAAAAGAACAGCCAGUGGAGAAUGGUUUUGAUUUCGUGGACAUCAUUGACGAGGCGGAUGAUGAGUACAGAAAGGAAGAGUUCUACGUGGAGAAAAUUGAUGAGACCGCCUUCGGAGCUGCAGCUGCGGUUGCAGUUGAAAUGACUGAAAAAUUGUUCCAAGAUACAUUUGUGGAACUUGAAGAAAUCCAGAGAAGGGGUGAAGUGAUUAGCUAUGCACAAGAAAAGGGCAGCGCGGCAAGUACACCUGAAUCCGAGCAAUUUGAAGAAAUCGCAGAUGUUUGCGUUGAAUUCCCUACUUCUGACGAAGAUAUUCCUUCACCAAAAGAACAGAGACAUGACGAAGAGACAAUAAAAUUUAGCGAUGAAGAGCAUCACUUUGUUGCGACCUUAGUUCGAGACUCCAUCAAUGACGCAAUGAAGGAAGCUAUCACGAUUGAGAUAACCACGUCAAGUAUUCAUGACGAAGUGACGUUCCAGCAAAAGCAAGAAGACGGCGAUAGAGAGAUCCCGUUUGCCGACAGUUCCGCUACGACUGUAGAGGAACAAUCGCUUGAUACCCAAAAAGAGGACAUUCAGACGAUUACUGCAGUGGAGACGAUUACUUCUCUAAAACAUGAACAAGAAAAAAUAGAAUCAAAAGAAGAAAUUAGAGUUGUUCGGGACCUCGAUGAUGUACCUCAUGCAGACGACGCGGCUGUUUCCAUUCCGUUAUUUAAGAAAGAAACAAUAGCUUCAGAAAUGAGUUAUGGCCAAGAAUCCGCGGCGCUACUCUCAGCAGAUGUUGGGAAAAUUCAGUCUGAAGAAGUGCUUAUACCUUUAGAACUUUACAAGGAUCCACCAAGUUACUCUGUAGAGCGGUCAGUGCCGCGGGCGAGGAAAUGCAAGUUAACGGUGUUUUUAACUUUUGACGAGAAGUAUGACCUGCUGCCCGUUCAAGAAGUUCAACUCUCUAUCGAUUUUAACGCUCCUCCGGAAGCUGAAGUUACGGAAGUCAUACUUUCGCAAAUAAUGUACGAAGAUGAUGAAGCAUCAACAAUAGAAGAUACAUUAACAUCAUUGUCAAGCAGCUGUCUCUACACUGUUCCGGAAUUUUUGGUUCCUCUCAAGAACAGUUAUGAAAUCCGUGAGAAAUCUCGUGCACUGUUCAAAGUGGUCGUCAAAGGAGUCCCUUUGCCACGAAUAGCUUGGUUCCAUAACGAUAAUCUCCUCAAUCCUGAAAAGAACAUUUUAAACAUUGUGUGCGAAGACGGCGUGAGUUUCUUGGAGAUAUGCGAAUGCACCGAAAAAUGGAGUGGUGUUCUUACAUGCGAAGCAAUGAACUCAGCUGGCACGUGCAAAGUCAAGUCGGAGAUUUCUGUUACACCAGAGGAACGAGAAGAGUUGCCAGUAGAAAUUCAUCUUGACGGGAUCCCCUGUCAGACGGAUGUUGAAUUCGUUGUCCCAUGUUUGAAGCAGAGUGAAUUCAGGGCGGCUUCUUUCAGUGUUGAGGAAGACUUGCAACCUACAAGAUCCAUUUCACCUUUUGAGGAUGAAAAUUUGUCUGAGCUAAGCAUAUCUUCUGCAACAGGACAGUCACCUGCAUUCACAGUGGCAUUGCCACCACAAGUUUAUUCUAAGCUCAACGAAAGUAUCCAACUGAAGUGUUCUUUCACGGGACAACCACUACCAUCUGUGACAUGGGAAAAGGAUGGAAAUCUUGUGGACUUAAAUAAAAAUUACACAAUUAUAACGGAAGAUGGAAUUACAAUACUCCGGCUCGAGUAUACCACUCUAGAAGAUAACGCAAUAUUUUCUUGUACUAUUGCGAAUAGUUUCGGGAUGCUGACGUCUCAAUGUAGAGUUAUUGUAGAAGACGAUGUCCAUGUUCACAAGAAUGUUGCAAUCAGGGUAAUUUGCGAUCGAGAAAGUGCAAGCGCUGAAGUGAAUGCGGUAUUGAAUGGACCCUCACAGAUGGAAACGAAAUUUUCGACACCACCUGCUGUAGACAAACAGAAGGAGUUGGAAGAAGAAACUAUAACUGAGAACGAAAUUCAGGAGAUUAGCUACGGGCAGGCCCCCUAUUUCCAGUUACCACUACAAGACGGUUAUUUCGCAGGCAACAAAUGUGUUCUCAAAUGCAUUGUGGUGGCUACACCACCUGCACAAGUACAGUGGAUUGUAAAUGAAGAGAUGAUAACAGAUGACGAGUGCGGAGCCAGCAUCUAUGAAGACGGAAUCACACUACUGUCGCUAAAAAACCUGAAAAAAGGCGAGACAAAGGUGGUUUGCACUGCAGAGAACAAGAAAGGUAGAUGCACAACCACCUGCACUGUAACGAGAACUAGCCAAAGAGAAACGCGCAAACACGAGGAACAAGCUGGGGAGGAAAAACAAGAAGAAAAAGAGGAAGACCUCGCCUCCGAAACACUAUGUCUCAGAAGUGAAGAAAGGAUAAAAAAACAAAAACAGAAAGAGGACAUCAACAUUUCUACGCCAGAAACUCAAGAAUUACAGAUCGCAGAAUGCAAACACCUUACUACCACAAAAUUAGUAUCAGCGGAAAUCGAAAAAAUCAUUGUUGAAAAGGGUGAAAGAGAACAGCAGAAGGAAGAGGUCGCGCUUACCCCUCCAGGCACUACUGCAGAAAAGACUGUAGAAUUGGUUACUGCAGCACCAGAAGACAAAACAGAAAAAGUGCAGUUUUCAGUCAGUGAGAAAGUGCCAGAGAAGGUCGAAGAAAUCACCGUUGAAAAGACUGAGCAGAAGGAUGAAGCCGUUGUUGUGGCUCCAAUCACUGCUGCGGAAAAGACCGAACAAGAAGUGGAUGCUGUGGCAGAAGAGAAGAAACCAGCAGAAAUAGAGAAGGUUCCUGUUUCCGAGACAGUCCCAGAGAAGGUCGAAGAAAUCGCUGCUGAAAAGACUGAGCAGAAGGAUGAAGCCGUUGAUGUGGCUCCAAUCACUGCUGCGGAAAAGACCGAACAAGAAGUGGAUGCUGUGGCAGAAGAGAAGAAACCAGCAGAAAUAGAGAAGGUUCCUGCUUCCGAGACAGUCCCAGAGAAGGUCGAAGAAAUCACCGUUGAAAAGACUGAGCAGAAGGAUGAAGCCGUUGUUGUGGCUCCAAUCACUGCUGCGGAAAAGACCGAACAAGAAGUGGAUGCUGUGGCAGAAGAGAAGAAACCAGCAGAAAUAGAGAAGGUUCCUGUUUCCGAGACAGUCCCAGAGAAGGUCGAAGAAAUCACCGUUGAAAAGACUGAGCAGAAGGAUGAAGCCGUUGUUGUGGCUCCAAUCUCUACUGCGGAAAAGACCGAACAAGAAGUGGAUGCUGUGGCAGAAGAGAAGAAACCAGAAAUAGUGGAAAAGCGAGGCGAGGAGUUGGUUGUAGAACAGAAAGAAGUCAUCGUUGAGGAACGAGAAGGCGAAGCCACUAUUACAGUCGAGAUAGAGUUGAGAAGACAAGAGGAAGCGUCCGGUCUCGAGAUCGACCUUCUGGUCAACGCCUACGACAGUGGCACCACCACCGCUGCGUCCGCUCCAAAGAAGAAAAUAACCGAGGAAAGAAAAGAGAAACCUGAAGAUGAGAAGGUUCCAGCUACCGAGACAGUCCCAGAGAAGGUCGAAGAAAUCGCUGCUGAAAAGACUGAGCAGAAGGAUGAAGCCGUUGUUGUGGCUCCAAUCACUGCAGCGGAAAAGACCGAACAAGAAGUGGAUGCUGUGGCAGAAGAGAAGAAACCAGCAGAAAUAGAGAAGGUUCCUGUUUCCGAAACAGUCCCAGAGAAGGUCGAAGAAAUCGCUGCUGAAAAGACUGAGCAGAAGGAUGAAGCCGUUGUUGUGGCUCCAAUUACUGCAGCGGAAAAGACCGAACAAGAAGUGGAUGCUGUGGCAGAAGAGAAGAAACCAGCAGAAAUAGAGAAGGUUCCUGUUUUCGAAACAGUCCCAGAGAAGGUCGAAGAAAUCGCUGCUGAAAAGACUGAGCAGAAGGAUGAAGCCGUUGUUGUGGCUCCAAUCACUGCAGCGGAAAAGACCGAACAAGAAGUGGAUGCUGUGGCAGAAGAGAAGAAACCAGCAGAAAUAGAGAAGGUUCCUGUUUUCGAAACAGUCCCAGAGAAGGUCGAAGAAAUCGCUGCUGAAAAGACUGAGCAGAAGGAUGAAGCCGUUGUUGUGGCUCCAAUCACUGCAGCGGAAAAGACCGAACAAGAAGUGGAUGCUGUGGCAGAAGAGAAGAAACCAGCACAAAUAGAGAAGGUUCCAGCUACCGAGACAGUCCCAGAGAAGGUCGAAGAAAUCACCGUUGAAAAGACUGAGCAGAAGGAUGAAGCCGUUGUUGUGGCUCCAAUCUCUACUGCGGAAAAGACCGAACAAGAAGUGGAUGCUGUGGCAGAAGAGAACAAACCAGAAAUAGUGGAAAAGCGAGGCGAGGAGUUGGUUGUAGAACAGAAAGAAGUCAUCGUUGAGGAACGAGAAGGCGAAGCCACUAUUACAAUCGAGAUAGAGUUGAGAAGACAAGAGGAAGCGUCCGGUCUCGAGAUCGACCUUCUGGUCAACGCCUACGACAGUGGCACCACCACCGCUCCGUCUGCACCGAAGAAGAGAAUAACCGAGGAAAGAAAAGAGAAACCUGAAGAUGAGAAGGUUCCAGCUACCGAGACACUCCCAGAGAAGGUCGAAGAAAUCGCUGCUGAAAAGACUGAGCAGAAGGAUGAAGCCGUUGUUGUGGCUCCAAUCACUGCAGCGGAAAAGACCGAACAAGAAGUGGAUGCUGUGGCAGAAGAGAAGAAACCAGCAGAAAUAGAGAAGGUUCCUGUUUCCGAAACACUCCCAGAGAAGGUCGAAGAAAUCACUGUUGAAAAGACUGAGCAGAAGGAUGAAGCCGUUGUUGUGGCUCCAAUCUCUACUGCGGAAAAGACCGAACAAGAAGUGGAUGCUGUGGCAGAAGAGAAGAAACCAGAAAUAGUGGAAAAGCGAGGCGAGGAGUUGGUUGUAGAACAGAAAGAAGUCAUCGUUGAGGAACGAGAAGGCGAAGCCACUAUUACAAUCGAGAUAGAGUUGAGAAGACAAGAGGAAGCGUCCGGUCUCGAGAUCGACCUUCUGGUCAACGCCUACGACAGUGGCACCACCACCGCUCCGUCUGCACCGAAGAAGAGAAUAACCGAGGAAAGAAAAGAGAAACCUGAAGAUGAGAAGGUUCCAGCUACCGAGACAGUCCCAGAGAAGGUCGAAGAAAUCGCUGCUGAAAAGACUGAGCAGAAGGAUGAAGCCGUUGUUGUGGCUCCAAUCACUGCAGCGGAAAAGACCGAACAAGAAGUGGAUGCUGUGGCAGAAGAGAAGAAACCAGCAGAAAUAGAGAAGGUUCCUGUUUCCGAAACAGUCCCAGAGAAGGUCGAAGAAAUCGCUGCUGAAAAGACUGAGCAGAAGGAUGAAGCCGUUGUUGUGGCUCCAAUUACUGCAGCGGAAAAGACCGAACAAGAAGUGGAUGCUGUGGCAGAAGAGAAGAAACCAGCAGAAAUAGAGAAGGUUCCUGUUUUCGAAACAGUCCCAGAUAAGGUCGAAGAAAUCGCUGCUGAAAAGACUGAGCAGAAGGAUGAAGCCGUUGUUGUGGCUCCAAUCACUGCAGCGGAAAAGACCGAACAAGAAGUGGAUGCUGUGGCAGAAGAGAAGAAACCAGCAGAAAUAGAGAAGGUUCCUGUCGAAACUGAGCAGAAGGAUGAAGCCGUUGUUGUGGCUCGUCCCGGAAGCGGAAAAGACCGAACAAAAGUGGAUGCUGUGGCAGAAGAGAAGAAACCAGCACAAAUAGAGAAGGUUCCAGCUACCGAGACAGUCCCAGAGAAGGUCGAAGAAAUCACCGUUGAAAAGACUGAGCAGAAGGAUGAAGCCGUUGUUGUGGCUCCAAUCUCUACUGCGGAAAAGACCGAACAAGAAGUGGAUGCUGUGGCAGAAGAGAAGAAACCAGCACAAAUAGAGAAGGUUCCAGCUACCGAGACAGUCCCAGAGAAGGUCGAAGAAAUCACCGUUGAAAAGACUGAGCAGAAGGAUGAAGCCGUUGUUGUGGCUCCAAUCUCUACUGCGGAAAAGACCGAACAAGAAGUGGAUGCUGUGGCAGAAGAGAAGAAACCAGCAGAAAUAGAGAAGGUUCCUGUUUCCGAAACAGUCCCAGAGAAGGUCGAAGAAAUCGCUGUUGAAAAGACUGAACAGAAAGAUGAAGCCGUUGUUGUGGCUCCAAUCACUGCAGCGGAAAAGACCGAACAAGAAGUGGAUGCUGUGGCAGAAGAGAAGAAACCAGCAGAAAUAGAGAAGGUUCCAGCUACCGAGACAGUCCCAGAGAAGGUCGAAGAAAUCACCGUCGAAAAGACUGAGCAGAAGGAUGAAGCCGUUGUUGUGGCUCCAAUCACUGCAGCGGAAAAGACCGAACAAGAAGUGGAUGCUGUGGCAGAAGAGAAGAAACCAGCAGAAAUAGAGAAGGUUCCUGUUUCCGAAACAGUCCCAGAGAAGGUCGAAGAAAUCGCUGCUGAAAAGACUGAGCAGAAGGAUGAAGCCGUUGUUGUGGCUCCAAUCUCUACUGCGGAAAAGACCGAACAAGAAGUGGAUGCUGUGGCAGAAGAGAAGAAACCAGAAAUAGUGGAAAAGCGAGGCGAGGAGUUGGUUGUAGAACAGAAAGAAGUCAUCGUUGAGGAACGAGAAGGCGAAGCCACUAUUACAAUCGAGAUAGAGUUGAGAAGACAAGAGGAAGCGUCCGGUCUCGAGAUCGACCUUCUGGUCAACGCCUACGACAGUGGCACCACCACCGCUCCGUCUGCACCGAAGAAGAGAAUAACCGAGGAAAGAAAAGAGAAACCUGAAGAUGAGAAGGUUCCAGCUACCGAGACAGUCCCAGAGAAGGUCGAAGAAAUCGCUGCUGAAAAGACUGAGCAGAAGGAUGAAGCCGUUGUUGUGGCUCCAAUCACUGCAGCGGAAAAGACCGAACAAGAAGUGGAUGCUGUGGCAGAAGAGAAGAAACCAGCAGAAAUAGAGAAGACUGAGCAGAAGGAUGAAGCCGUUGUUGUGGCUCCAAUUACUGCAGCGGAAAAGACCGAACAAGAAGUGGAUGCUGUGGCAGAAGAGAAGAAACCAGCAGAAAUAGAGAAGGUUCCUGUUUUCGAAACAGUCCCAGAGAAGGUCGAAGAAAUCGCUGCUGAAAAGACUGAGCAGAAGGAUGAAGCCGUUGUUGUGGCUCCAAUCACUGCAGCGGAAAAGACCGAACAAGAAGUGGAUGCUGUGGCAGAAGAGAAGAAACCAGCAGAAAUAGAGAAGGUUCCUGUUUUCGAAACAGUCCCAGAGAAGGUCGAAGAAAUCGCUGCUGAAAAGACUGAGCAGAAGGAUGAAGCCGUUGUUGUGGCUCCAAUCACUGCAGCGGAAAAGACCGAACAAGAAGUGGAUGCUGUGGCAGAAGAGAAGAAACCAGCACAAAUAGAGAAGGUUCCAGCUACCGAGACAGUCCCAGAGAAGGUCGAAGAAAUCACCGUUGAAAAGACUGAGCAGAAGGAUGAAGCCGUUGUUGUGGCUCCAAUCUCUACUGCGGAAAAGACCGAACAAGAAGUGGAUGCUGUGGCAGAAGAGAACAAACCAGAAAUAGUGGAAAAGCGAGGCGAGGAGUUGGUUGUAGAACAGAAAGAAGUCAUCGUUGAGGAACGAGAAGGCGAUGCCACUAUUACAAUCGAGAUAGAGUUGAGAAGACAAGAGGAAGCGUCCGGUCUCGAGAUCGACCUUCUGAAAGAAGAGAAACCUGAAGAUGAGAAGGUUCCAGCUACCGAGACACUCCCAGAGAAGGUCGAAGAAAUCGCUGCUGAAAAGACUGAGCAGAAGGAUGAAGCCGUUGUUGUGGCUCCAAUCACUGCAGCGGAAAAGACCGAACAAGAAGUGGAUGCUGUGGCAGAAGAGAAGAAACCAGCAGAAAUAGAGAAGGUUCCUGUUUCCGAGACACUCCCAGAGAAGGUCGAAGAAAUCACUGUUGAAAAGACUGAGCAGAAGGAUGAAGCCGUUGUUGUGGCUCCAAUCUCUACUGCGGAAAAGACCGAACAAGAAGUGGAUGCUGUGGCAGAAGAGAAGAAACCAGAAAUAGUGGAAAAGCGAGGCGAGGAGUUGGUUGUAGAACAGAAAGAAGUCAUCGUUGAGGAACGAGAAGGCGAAGCCACUAUUACAGUCGAGAUAGAGUUGAGAAGACAAGAGGAAGCGUCCGGUCUCGAGAUCGACCUUCUGGUCAACGCCUACGACAGUGGCACCACCACCGCUGCGUCCGCUCCGAAGAAGAAAAUAACCGUGGAAAGGAAAGAGAAACCUGAAGAUGAGAAGGUUCCAGCUACCGAGACACUCCCAGAGAAGGUCGAAGAAAUCGCUGCUGAAAAGACUGAGCAGAAGGAUGAAGCCGUUGUUGUGGCUCCAAUCACUGCAGCGGAAAAGACCGAACAAGAAGUGGAUGCUGUGGCAGAAGAGAAGAAACCAGAAAUAGUGGAAAAGCGAGGCGAGGAGUUGGUUGUAGAACAGAAAGAAGUCAUCGUUGAGGAACGAGAAGGCGAAGCCACUAUUACAGUCGAGAUAGAGUUGAGAAGACAAGAGGAAGCGUCCGGUCUCGAGAUCGACCUUCUGGUCAACGCCUACGACAGUGGCACCACCACCGCUGCGUCCGCUCCGAAGAAGAGAAUAACCGUGGAAAGGAAAGAGAAACCUGAAGAUGAGAAGGUUCCAGCUACCGAGACAGUCCCAGAGAAGGUCGAAGAAAUCGCUGUUGAAAAGACUGAACAGAAAGAUGAAGCCGUUGUUGUGGCUCCAAUCACUGCAGCGGAAAAGACCGAACAAGAAGUGGAUGCUGUGGCAGAAGAGAAGAAACCAGCAGAAAUAGAGAAGGUUCCUGUUUCCGAAACAGUCCCAGAGAAGGUCGAAGAAAUCACCGUUGAAAAGACUGAGCAGAAGGAUGAAGCCAUUGUUGUGGCUCCAAUCUCUACUGCGGAAAAGACCGAACAAGAAGUGGAUGCUGUGGCAGAAGAGAAGAAACCAGAAAUAGUGGAAAAGCGAGGCGAGGAGUUGGUUGUAGAACAGAAAGAAGUCAUCGUUGAGGAACGAGAAGGCGAAGCCACUAUUACAAUCGAGAUAGAGUUGAGAAGACAAGAGGAAGCGUCCGGUCUCGAGAUCGACCUUCUGGUCAACGCCUACGACAGUGGCACCACCACCGCUCCGUCUGCACCGAAGAAGAGAAUAACCGAGGAAAGAAAAGAGAAACCUGAAGAUGAGAAGGUUCCAGCUACCGAGACAGUCCCAGAGAAGGUCGAAGAAAUCGCUGCUGAAAAGACUGAGCAGAAGGAUGAAGCCGUUGUUGUGGCACCAAUCACUGCAGCGGAAAAGACCGAACAAGAAGUGGAUGCUGUGGCAGAAGAGAAGAAACCAGCAGAAAUAGAGAAGGUUCCUGUUUCCGAAACAGUCCCAGAGAAGGUCGAAGAAAUCGCUGCUGAAAAGACUGAGCAGAAGGAUGAAGCCGUUGUUGUGGCUCCAAUUACUGCAGCGGAAAAGACCGAACAAGAAGUGGAUGCUGUGGCAGAAGAGAAGAAACCAGCAGAAAUAGAGAAGGUUCCUGUUUUCGAAACAGUCCCAGAGAAGGUCGAAGAAAUCGCUGCUGAAAAGACUGAGCAGAAGGAUGAAGCCGUUGUUGUGGCUCAACACUGCAGCGGAAAAGACCGAACAGAAGUGGAUGCUGUGGCAGAAGAGAAGAAACCAGAGAAGGAGGUCGUUUUGACAGAGAGGUCGAGAUCGCUGCUAAAGACUGCGUUGGGGCUGGGAGUGGUUGGGGAUGAAGCCGUUGUUGUGGCUCCAAUCACUGCAGCGGAAAAGACCGAACAAGAAGUGGAUGCUGUGGCAGAAGAGAAGAAACCAGCAGAAAUAGAGAAGGUUCCUUUUUCGAAACAGUCCCGGAAGGUCGAAGAAAUCGCUGCUGAAAGACUGAGCAGAAGGAUGAAGCCGUUGUUGUGGCUCCAAUCACUGAGCGGAAAAGACCGAACAGAAGUGGAUGCUGUGGCGAAGAGAAGAAACCAGCGAAAUGAGGUUUCCGAGACACUCCCAGAGAAGGUCGAAGAAAUCACUGUUGAAAAGACUGAGCAGAAGGAUGAAGCCGUUGUUGUGGCUCCAAUCUCUGCUGCGGAAAAGACCGAACAAGAAGUGGAUGCUGUGGCAGAAGAGAAGAAACCAGAAAUAGUGGAAAAGCGAGGCGAGGAGUUGGUUGUAGAACAGAAAGAAGUCAUGUUGGACGGAGAGGACGAAGCCACUGUUGCAGUCGAGAUAGGUGAGAAGAAAGAGGAAGCGUCCGGUCUCGAGUCGACCUUCUGGUCAACGCCUACGACAGUGGCACCACACCGCUGGCCGCUCCGAGAAGAAAAUAACCGGGAAAGGAAAGAGGAACCUGAAGAUGAGAAGAAAGAUGAAGCCGUUGUUGUGGCUCCAAUCACUGCAGCGGAAAAGACCGAACAAGAAGUGGAUGCUGUGGCAGAAGAGAAGAAACCAGAAAUAGUGGAAAAGCGAGGCGAGGAGUUGGUUGUAGAACAGAAAGAAGUCAUCGUUGAGGAACGAGAAGGCGAAGCCACUAUUACAGUCGAGAUAGAGUUGAGAAGACAAGAGGAAGCGUCCGGUCUCGAGAUCGACCUUCUGGUCAACGCCUACGACAGUGGCACCACCACCGCUCCGUCUGCACCGAAGAAGAGAAUAACCGAGGAAAGAAAAGAGAAACCUGAAGAUGAGAAGGUUCCAGCUACCGAGACAGUCCCAGAGAAGGUCGAAGAAAUCGCUGUUGAAAAGACUGAACAGAAAGAUGAAGCCGUUGUUGUGGCUCCAAUCACUGCAGCGGAAAAGACCGAACAAGAAGUGGAUGCUGUGGCAGAAGAGAAGAAACCAGCAGAAAUAGAGAAGGUUCCUGUUUCCGAAACAGUCCCAGAGAAGGUCGAAGAAAUCACCGUUGAAAAGACUGAGCAGAAGGAUGAAGCCGUUGUUGUGGCUCCAAUCUCUACUGCGGAAAAGACCGAACAAGAAGUGGAUGCUGUGGCAGAAGAGAAGAAACCAGAAAUAGUGGAAAAGCGAGGCGAGGAAUCGACCUUCUGGUCAACGCCUACGACAGUGGCACCACCACCGCUCCCUCUCCCCGAAGAAGAGAAUAACCGAGAGAAAGAGCUGAAGAGGAAUGAGAAGGUUCCAGCUACCGAGACACUCCCAGAGAAGGUCGAAGAAAUCGCUGCUGAAAAGACUGAGCAGAAGGAUGAAGCCGUUGUUGUGGCUCCAAUCACUGCAGCGGAAAAGACCGAACAAGAAGUGGAUGCUGUGGCAGAAGAGAAGAAACCAGCAGAAAUAGAGAAGGUUCCUGUUUCCGAGACAGUCCCAGAGAAGGUCGAAGAAAUCGCUGUUGAAAAGACUGAACAGAAAGAUGAAGCCGUUGUUGUGGCUCCAAUCACUGCAGCGGAAAAGACCGAACAAGAAGUGGAUGCUGUGGCAGAAGAGAAGAAACCAGCAGAAAUAGAGAAGGUUCCUGUUUCCGAAACAGUCCCAGAGAAGGUCGAAGAAAUCACCGUUGAAAAGACUGAGCAGAAGGAUGAAGCCGUUGUUGUGGCUCCAAUCUCUACUGCGGAAAAGACCGAACAAGAAGUGGAUGCUGUGGCAGAAGAGAAGAAACUAGAAAUAGUGGAAAAGCGAGGCGAGGAGUUGGUUGUAGAACAGAAAGAAGUCAUCGUUGAGGAACGAGAAGGCGAAGCCACUAUUACAGUCGAGAUAGAGUUGAGAAGACAAGAGGAAGCGUCCGGUCUCGAGAUCGACCUUCUGGUCAACGCCUACGACAGUGGCACCACCACCGCUGCGUCCGCUCCGAAGAAGAAAAUAACCGUGGAAAGGAAAGAGAAACCUGAAGAUGAGAAGGUUCCAGCUACCGAGACACUCCCAGAGAAGGUCGAAGAAAUCGCUGCUGAAAAGACUGAGCAGAAGGAUGAAGCCGUUGUUGUGGCUCCAAUCACUGCAGCGGAAAAGACCGAACAAGAAGUGGAUGCUGUGGCAGAAGAGAAGAAACCAGCAGAAAUAGAGAAGGUUCCUGUUUCCGAGACAGUCCCAGAGAAGGUCGAAGAAAUCGCUGUUGAAAAGACUGAGCAGAAGGAUGAAGCCAUUGUUGUGGCUCCAAUCUCUACUGCGGAAAAGACCGAACAAGAAGUGGAUGCUGUGGCAGAAGAGAAGAAACCAGAAAUAGUGGAAAAGCGAGGCGAGGAGUUGGUUGUAGAACAGAAAGAAGUCAUCGUUGAGGAACGAGAAGGCGAAGCCACUAUUACAGUCGAGAUAGAGUUGAGAAGACAAGAGGAAGCGUCCGGUCUCGAGAUCGACCUUCUGGUCAACGCCUACGACAGUGGCACCACCACCGCUGCGUCCGCUCCGAAGAAGAAAAUAACCGAGGAAAGGAAAGAGAAACCUGAAGAUGAGAAGGUUCCAGCUACCGAGACACUCCCAGAGAAGGUCGAAGAAAUCGCUGCUGAAAAGACUGAGCAGAAGGAUGAAGCCGUUGUUGUGGCUCCAAUCACUGCAGCGGAAAAGACCGAACAAGAAACAGUCCCAGAGAAGGUCGAAGAAAUCGCUGUUGAAAAGACUGAACAGAAAGAUGAAGCCGUUGUUGUGGCUCCAAUCACUGCAGCGGAAAAGACCGAACAAGAAGUGGAUGCUGUGGCAGAAGAGAAGAAACCAGCAGAAAUAGAGAAGGUUCCUGUUUCCGAAACAGUCCCAGAGAAGGUCGAAGAAAUCACCGUUGAAAAGACUGAGCAGAAGGAUGAAGCCGUUGUUGUGGCUCCAAUCUCUACUGCGGAAAAGACCGAACAAGAAGUGGAUGCUGUGGCAGAAGAGAAGAAACUAGAAAUAGUGGAAAAGCGAGGCGAGGAGUUGGUUGUAGAACAGAAAGAAGUCAUCGUUGAGGAACGAGAAGGCGAAGCCACUAUUACAGUCGAGAUAGAGUUGAGAAGACAAGAGGAAGCGUCCGGUCUCGAGAUCGACCUUCUGGUCAACGCCUACGACAGUGGCACCACCACCGCUGCGUCCGCUCCGAAGAAGAAAAUAACCGUGGAAAGGAAAGAGAAACCUGAAGAUGAGAAGGUUCCAGCUACCGAGACACUCCCAGAGAAGGUCGAAGAAAUCGCUGCUGAAAAGACUGAGCAGAAGGAUGAAGCCGUUGUUGUGGCUCCAAUCACUGCAGCGGAAAAGACCGAACAAGAAGUGGAUGCUGUGGCAGAAGAGAAGAAACCAGCAGAAAUAGAGAAGGUUCCUGUUUCCGAGACACUCCCAGAGAAGGUCGAAGAAAUCACUGUUGAAAAGACUGAGCAGAAGGAUGAAGCCGUUGUUGUGGCUCCAAUCUCUACGGCGGAAAAGACCGAACAAGAAGUGGAUGCUGUGGCAGAAGAGAAGAAACCAGCAGAAAUAGUGGAAAAGCGAGGCGAGGUCGAGAUAGAGUUGGAAGACAAGAGGAAGCGUCCGGUCUCGAGAUCGACCUUCUGGUCAACGCCUACGACAGUGGCACCACCACCGCUCGUCGCCCGAAGAAGGAAUAACCGAAAAAAGAACCUAAGUGAGAAGGUUCCAGCUACCGAGACAGUCCCAGAGAAGGUCGAAGAAAUCGCUGUUGAAAAGACUGAACAGAAAGAUGAAGCCGUUGUUGUGGCUCCAAUCACUGCAGCGGAAAAGACCGAACAAGAAGUGGAUGCUGUGGCAGAAGAGAAGAAACCAGCAGAAAUAGAGAAGGUUCCUGUUUCCGAGACACUCCCAGAGAAGGUCGAAGAAAUCACUGUUGAAAAGACUGAGCAGAAGGAUGAAGCCGUUGUUGUGGCUCCAAUCUCUACUGCGGAAAAGACCGAACAAGAAGUGGAUGCUGUGGCAGAAGAGAAGAAACCAGAAAUAGUGGAAAAGCGAGGCGAGGAGUUGGUUGUAGAACAGAAAGAAGUCAUCGUUGAGGAACGAGAAGGCGAAGCCACUAUUACAGUCGAGAUAGAGUUGAGAAGACAAGAGGAAGCGUCCGGUCUCGAGAUCGACCUUCUGGAAAGGAAAGAGAAACCUGAAGAUGAGAAGGUUCCAGCUACCGAGACACUCCCAGAGAAGGUCGAAGAAAUCGCUGCUGAAAAGACUGAGCAGAAGGAUGAAGCCGUUGUUGUGGCUCCAAUCACUGCAGCGGAAAAGACCGAACAAGAAGUGGAUGCUGUGGCAGAAGAGAAGAAACCAGCAGAAAUAGAGAAGGUUCCUGUUUCCGAAACAGUCCCAGAGAAGGUCGAAGAAAUCACUGUUGAAAAGACUGAGCAGAAGGAUGAAGCCGUUGUUGUGGCUCCAAUCUCUACUGCGGAAAAGACCGAACAAGAAGUGGAUGCUGUGGCAGAAGAGAAGAAACCAGAAAUAGUGGAAAAGCGAGGCGAGGAUCGAGAUAGAGUUGAGAAGACAAGAGGAAGCGUCCGGUCUCGAGAUCGACCUUCUGGUCAACGCCUACGACAGUGGCACCACCACCGCUCCGUCUGCACCGAAGAAGAGAAUAACCGAGGAAUAGGAAAAGAGAAACCUGAAGAUGAGAAGGUUCCAGCUACCGAGACACUCCCAGAGAAGGUCGAAGAAAUCGCUGCUGAAAAGACUGAGCAGAAGGAUGAAGCCGUUGUUGUGGCUCCAAUCACUGCAGCGGAAAAGACCGAACAAGAAGUGGAUGCUGUGGCAGAAGAGAAGAAACCAGCAGAAAUAGAGAAGGUUCCUGUUACCGAGACAGUCCCAGAGAAGGUCGAAGAAAUCGCCGUUGAAAAGACUGAGCAGAAGGAUGAAGCCGUUGUUGUGGCUCCAAUCACUGCAGCGGAAAAGACCGAACAAGAAGUGGAUGCUGUGGCAGAAGAGAAGAAACCAGCAGAAAUAGAGAAGGUUCCUGUUUCCGAAACAGUCCCAGAGAAGGUCGAAGAAAUCACCGUUGAAAAGACUGAGCAGAAGGAUGAAGCCGUUGUUGUGGCUCCAAUCUCUACUGCGGAAAAGACCGAACAAGAAGUGGAUGCUGUGGCAGAAGAGAAGAAACUAGAAAUAGUGGAAAAGCGAGGCGAGGAGUUGGUUGUAGAACAGAAAGAAGUCAUCGUUGAGGAGCGAGAAGGCGAAGCCACUAUUACAGUCGAGAUAGAGUUGAGAAGACAAGAGGAAGCGUCCGGUCUCGAGAUCGACCUUCUGGUCAACGCCUACGACAGAAAAGAGAAACCUGAAGAUGAGAAGGUUCCAGCUACCGAGACACUCCCAGAGAAGGUCGAAGAAAUCGCUGCUGAAAAGACUGAGCAGAAGGAUGAAGCCGUUGUUGUGGCUCCAAUCACUGCAGCGGAAAAGACCGAACAAGAAGUGGAUGCUGUGGCAGAAGAGAAGAAACCAGCAGAAAUAGAGAAGGUUCCUGUUUCCGAGACAGUCCCAGAGAAGGUCGAAGAAAUCGCUGUUGAAAAGACUGAACAGAAAGAUGAAGCCGUUGUUGUGGCUCCAAUCACUGCAGCGGAAAAGACCGAACAAGAAGUGGAUGCUGUGGCAGAAGAGAAGAAACCAGCAGAAAUAGAGAAGGUUCCAGCUACCGAGACAGUCCCAGAGAAGGUCGAAGAAAUCACUGUCGAAAAGACUGAGCAGAAGGAUGAAGCCGUUGUUGUGGCUCCAAUCACUGCAGCGGAAAAGACCGAACAAGAAGUGGAUGCUGUGGCAGAAGAGAAGAAACCAGCAGAAAUAGAGAAGGUUCCAGCUACCGAGACAGUCCCAGAGAAGGUCGAAGAAAUCACCGUUGAAAAGACUGAGCAGAAGGAUGAAGCCGUUGUUGUGGCUCCAAUCUCUACUGCGGAAAAGACCGAACAAGAAGUGGAUGCUGUGGCAGAAGAGAAGAAACUAGAAAUAGUGGAAAAGCGAGGCGAGGAAUCGACCUUCUGGUCAACGCCUACGACAGUGGCACCACCACCGCUGCGUCCGCUCCGAAGAAGAAGAAUAACCGUGGAAAGGAAAGAGAAACCUGAAGAUGAGAAGGUUCCAGCUACCGAGACACUCCCAGAGAAGGUCGAAGAAAUCGCUGCUGAAAAGACUGAGCAGAAGGAUGAAGCCGUUGUUGUGGCUCCAAUCACUGCAGCGGAAAAGACCGAACAAGAAGUGGAUGCUGUGGCAGAAGAGAAGAAACCAGCAGAAAUAGAGAAGACUGAGCAGAAGGAUGAAGCCGUUGUUGUGGCUCCAAUCUCUACUGCGGAAAAGACCGAACAAGAAGUGGAUGCUGUGGCAGAAGAGAAGAAACCAGAAAUAGUGGAAAAGCGAGGCGAGGAGUUGGUUGUAGAACAGAAAGAAGCCAUCGUUGAGGAACGAGAAGGCGAAGCCACUAUUACAGUCGAGAUAGAGUUGAGAAGACAAGAGGAAGCGUCCGGUCUCGAGAUCGACCUUCUGGUCAACGCCUACGACAGUGGCACCACCACCGCUCCGUCUGCACCGAAGAAGAGAAUAACCGAGGAAAGGAAAGAGAAACCUGAAGAUGAGAAGGUUCCAGCUACCGAGACACUCCCAGAGAAGGUCGAAGAAAUCGCUGCUGAAAAGACUGAGCAGAAGGAUGAAGCCGUUGUUGUGGCUCCAAUCACUGCAGCGGAAAAGACCGAACAAGAAGUGGAUGCUGUGGCAGAAGAGAAGAAACCAGCAGAAAUAGAGAAGGUUCCUGUUUCCGAAACAGUCCCAGAGAAGGUCGAAGAAAUCACCGUUGAAAAGACUGAGCAGAAGGAUGAAGCCGUUGUUGUGGCUCCAAUCACUGCAGCGGAAAAGACCGAACAAGAAGAACGAGAAGGCGAAGCCACUAUUACAGUCGAGAUAGAGUUGAGAAGACAAGAGGAAGCGUCCGGUCUCGAGAUCGACCUUCUGGUCAACGCCUACGACAGUGGCACCACCACCGCUGCGUCCGCUCCGAAGAAGAAAAUAACCGUGGAAAGGAAAGAGAAACCUGAAGAUGAGAAGGUUCCAGCUACCGAGACACUCCCAGAGAAGGUCGAAGAAAUCGCUGCUGAAAAGACUGAGCAGAAGGAUGAAGCCGUUGUUGUGGCUCCAAUCACUGCAGCGGAAAAGACCGAACAAGAAGUGGAUGCUGUGGCAGAAGAGAAGAAACCAGCAGAAAUAGAGAAGGUUCCUGUUUCCGAGACAGUCCCAGAGAAGGUCGAAGAAAUCGCGGUUGAAAAGACUGAACAGAAAGAUGAAGCCGUUGUUGUGGCUCCAAUCACUGCAGCGGAAAAGACCGAACAAGAAGUGGAUGCUGUGGCAGAAGAGAAGAAACGGAAGGGGUUCCGCUUCGACCGAACAAGAACUACCGAGACAGUCCCAGAGAAGGUCGAAGAAAUCGCUGUUGAAAAGACUGAACAGAAAGAUGAAGCCGUUGUUGUGGCUCCAAUCACUGCAGCGGAAAAGACCGAACAAGAAGUGGAUGCUGUGGCAGAAGAGAAGAAACCAGCAGAAAUAGAGAAGGUUCCUGUUUCCGAAACAGUCCCAGAGAAGGUCGAAGAAAUCACCGUUGAAAAGACUGAGCAGAAGGAUGAAGCCGUUGUUGUGGCUCCAAUCUCUACUGCGGAAAAGACCGAACAAGAAGUGGAUGCUGUGGCAGAAGAGAAGAAACUAGAAAUAGUGGAAAAGCGAGGCGAGGAGUUGGUUGUAGAACAGAAAGAAGUCAUCGUUGAGGAACGAGAAGGCGAAGCCACUAUUACAGUCGAGAUAGAGUUGAGAAGACAAGAGGAAGCGUCCGGUCUCGAGAUCGACCUUCUGGUCAACGCCUACGACAGUGGCACCACCACCGCUGCGUCCGCUCCGAAGAAGAAAAUAACCGUGGAAAGGAAAGAGAAACCUGAAGAUGAGAAGGUUCCAGCUACCGAGACACUCCCAGAGAAGGUCGAAGAAAUCGCUGCUGAAAAGACUGAGCAGAAGGAUGAAGCCGUUGUUGUGGCUCCAAUCACUGCAGCGGAAAAGACCGAACAAGAAGUGGAUGCUGUGGCAGAAGAGAAGAAACCAGCAGAAAUAGAGAAGGUUCCUGUUUCCGAAACAGUCCCAGAGAAGGUCGAAGAAAUCACCGUUGAAAAGACUGAGCAGAAGGAUGAAGCCGUUGUUGUGGCUCCAAUCACUGCAGCGGAAAAGACCGAACAAGAAGUGGAUGCUGUGGCAGAAGAGAAGAAACCAGAAAUAGUGGAAAAGCGAGGCGAGGAGUUGGUUGUAGAACAGAAAGAAGUCAUCGUUGAGGAACGAGAAGGCGAAGCCACUAUUACAGUCGAGAUAGAGUUGAGAAGACAAGAGGAAGCGUCCGGUCUCGAGAUCGACCUUCUGCAGAAGGUCGAAGAAAUCGCUGCUGAAAAGACUGAGCAGAAGGAUGAAGCCGUUGUUGUGGCUCCAAUCACUGCAGCGGAAAAGACCGAACAAGAAGUGGAUGCUGUGGCAGAAGAGAAGAAACCAGCAGAAAUAGAGAAGGUUCCUUCCUGUUUCCGAGCAGUCCCAGAGAAGGUCGAAGAAAUCGCUGUUGAAAAGAACAGAGAAGAUGAAGCCGUUGUUGUGGCUCCAAUCCCUGCAGCGGAAAAGACCGAACAAGAAAGAAGGUCGAAGAAAUCGCCUGUUGAAAAGACUGAACAGAAAGAUGAAGCCGUUGUUGUGGCUCCAAUCACUGCAGCGGAAAAGACCGAACAAGAAGUGGAUGCUGUGGCAGAAGAGAAGAAACCAGCAGAAAUAGAGAAGGUUCCUGUUUCCGAGACAGUCCCAGAGAAGGUCGAAGAAAUCACCGUUGAAAAGACUGAGCAGAAGGAUGAAGCCGUUGUUGUGGCUCCAAUCUCUACUGCGGAAAAGACCGAACAAGAAGUGUGCGGAUGCUGUGGCAGAAGAGAAGAAACCAGAAAUAGUGGAAAAGCGAGGCGAGGGUUGGUUGUAGAACAGAAAGAAGUCAUCGUUGAGGAACGAGAAGGCGAAGCCACUAUUACAGUCGAGAUAGAGUUGAGAAGACAAGAGGAAGCGUCCGGUCUCGAGAUCGACCUUCUGGUCAACGCCUACGACAGUGGCACCACCACCGCUCCGUCCGCACCGAAGAAGAGAAUAACCGAGGAAAGGAAAGAGAAACCUGAAGAUGAGAAGGUUCCAGCUACCGAGACACUCCCAGAGAAGGUCGAAGAAAUCGCUGCUGAAAAGACUGAGCAGAAGGAUGAAGCCGUUGUUGUGGCUCCAAUCACUGCAGCGGAAAAGACCGAACAAGAAGUGGAUGCUGUGGCAGAAGAGAAGAAACCAGCAGAAAUAGAGAAGGUUCCUGUUUCCGAGACAGUCCCAGAGAAGGUCGAAGAAAUCGCUGUUGAAAAGACUGAGCAGAAGGAUGAAGCCGUUGUUGUGGCUCCAAUCUCUACUGCGGAAAAGACCGAACAAGAAGUGGAUGCUGUGGCAGAAGAGAAGAAACCAGAAAUAGUGGAAAAGCGAGGCGAGGAGUUGGUUGUAGAACAGAAAGAAGUCAUCGUUGAGGAACGAGAAGGCGAAGCCACUAUUACAGUCGAGAUAGAGUUGAGAAGACAAGAGGAAGCGUCCGGUCUCGAGAUCGACCUUCUGGUCAACGCCUACGACAGUGGCACCACCACCGCUCCGUCUGCACCGAAGAAGAGAAUAACCGAGGAAAGGAAAGAGAAACCUGAAGAUGAGAAGGUUCCAGCUACCGAGACACUCCCAGACAAGGUCGAAGAAAUCGCUGCUGAAAAGACUGAGCAGAAGGAUGAAGCCGUUGUUGUGGCUCCAAUCACUGCAGCGGAAAAGACCGAACAAGAAGUGGAUGCUGUGGCAGAAGAGAAGAAACCAGCAGAAAUAGAGAAGGUUCCUGUUUCCGAGACAGUCCCAGAGAAGGUCGAAGAAAUCGCUGUUGAAAAGACUGAACAGAAAGAUGAAGCCGUUGUUGUGGCUCCAAUCACUGCAGCGGAAAAGACCGAACAAGAAGUGGAUGCUGUGGCAGAAGAGAAGAAACCAGCAGAAAUAGAGAAGGUUCCAGCUACCGAGACAGUCCCAGAGAAGGUCGAAGAAAUCACCGUUGAAAAGACUGAGCAGAAGGAUGAAGCCGUUGUUGUGGCUCCAAUCACUAGCAGCGGAAAAGACCGAACAAGAAGUGGAUGCUGUGGCAGAAGAGAAGAAACUAGAAAUAGGGAAAAGGAGGCGAGGACUGAGCAGAAGGAUGAAGCCGUUGUUGUGGCUCCAAUCACUGCAGCGGAAAAGACCGAACAAGAAGUGGAUGCUGUGGCAGAAGAGAAGAAACCAGCAGAAAUAGAGAAGAAAGAUGAAGCCGUUGUUGUGGCUCCAAUCACUGCAGCGGAAAAGACCGAACAAGAAGUGGAUGCUGUGGCAGAAGAGAAGAAACCAGCAGAAAUGAGGUUCCAGCUACCGGCGUCCAGAGAAGCGGAAAAGACCGAACAAGAAGUGGAUGCUGUGGCAGAAGAAGCAGAAAUAGAGAAGGUUCCAGCUACCGAGACAGUCCCAGAGAAGGUCGAAGAAAUCACCGUUGAAAAGACUGAGCAGAAGGAUGAAGCCGUUGUUGUGGCUCCAAUCUCUACUGCGGAAAAGACCGAACAAGAAGUGGAUGCUGUGGCAGAAGAGAAGAAACUAGAAAUAGUGGAAAAGCGAGGCGAGGAGUUGGUUGUAGAACAGAAAGAAGCCAUCGUUGAGGAGCGAGAAGGCGAAGCCACUAUUACAGUCGAGAUAGAGUUGAGAAGACAAGAGGAAGCGUCCGGUCUCGAGAUCGACCUUCUGGUCAACGCCUACGACAGUGGCACCACCACCGCUGCGUCCGCUCCGAAGAAGAAAAUAACCGUGGAAAGGAAAGAGAAACCUGAAGAUGAGAAGGUUCCAGCUACCGAGACACUCCCAGAGAAGGUCGAAGAAAUCGCUGCUGAAAAGACUGAGCAGAAGGAUGAAGCCGUUGUUGUGGCUCCAAUCACUGCAGCGGAAAAGACCGAACAAGAAGUGGAUGCUGUGGCAGAAGAGAAGAAACCAGCAGAAAUAGAGAAGGUUCCUGUUUCCGAGACACUCCCAGAGAAGGUCGAAGAAAUCACUGUUGAAAAGACUGAGCAGAAGGAUGAAGCCAUUGUUGUGGCUCCAAUCUCUACUGCGGAAAAGACCGAACAAGAAGUGGAUGCUGUGGCAGAAGAGAAGAAACCAGAAAUAGUGGAAAAGCGAGGCGAGGAGUUGGUUGUAGAACAGAAAGAAGCCAUCGUUGAGGAGCGAGAAGGCGAAGCCACUAUUACAGUCGAGAUAGAGUUGAGAAGACAAGAGGAAGCGUCCGGUCUCGAGAUCGACCUUCUGGUCAACGCCUACGACAGUGGCACCACCACCGCUCCGUCUGCACCGAAGAAGAGAAUAACCGAGGAAAGGAAAGAGAAACCCGAAGAUGAGAAGGUUCCAGCUACCGAGACACUCCCAGAGAAGGUCGAAGAAAUCGCUGCUGAAAAGACUGAGCAGAAGGAUGAAGCCGUUGUUGUGGCUCCAAUCACUGCAGCGGAAAAGACCGAACAAGAAGUGGAUGCUGUGGCAGAAGAGAAGAAACCAGCACAAAUAGAGAAGGUUCCUGUUUCCGAAACAGUCCCAGAGAAGGUCGAAGAAAUCACCGUUGAAAAGACUGAGCAGAAGGAUGAAGCCGUUGUUGUGGCUCCAAUCUCUACUGCGGAAAAGACCGAACAAGAAGUGGAUGCUGUGGCAGAAGAGAAGAAACUGAAAAUAGUGGAAAAGCGAGGCGAGGAGUUGGUUGUAGAACAGAAAGAAGUCAUCGUUGAGGAACGAGAAGGCGAAGCCACUAUUACAGUCGAGAUAGAGUUGAGAAGACAAGAGGAAGCGUCCGGUCUCGAGAUCGACCUUCUGGUCAACGCCUACGACAGUGGCACCACCACCGCUGCGUCCGCUCCGAAGAAGAAAAUAACCGUGGAAAGGAAAGAGAAACCUGAAGAUGAGAAGGUUCCAGCUACCGAGACACUCCCAGAGAAGGUCGAAGAAAUCGCUGCUGAAAAGACUGAGCAGAAGGAUGAAGCCGUUGUUGUGGCUCCAAUCACUGCAGCGGAAAAGACCGAACAAGAAGUGGAUGCUGUGGCAGAAGAGAAGAAACCAGCAGAAAUAGAGAAGGUUCCUGUUUCCGAGACAGUCCCAGAGAAGGUCGAAGAAAUCGCGGUUGAAAAGACUGAACAGAAAGAUGAAGCCGUUGUUGUGGCUCCAAUCACUGCAGCGGAAAAGACCGAACAAGAAGUGGAUGCUGUGGCAGAAGAGAAGAAACCAGCAGAAAUAGAGAAGGUUCCUGUUUCCGAGACAGUCCCAGAGAAGGUCGAAGAAAUCGCUGUUGAAAAGACUGAACAGAAAGAUGAAGCCGUUGUUGUGGCUCCAAUCACUGCAGCGGAAAAGACCGAACAAGAAGUGGAUGCUGUGGCAGAAGAGAAGAAACCAGCAGAAAUAGAGAAGGUUCCUGUUUCCGAAACAGUCCCAGAGAAGGUCGAAGAAAUCACCGUUGAAAAGACUGAGCAGAAGGAUGAAGCCGUUGUUGUGGCUCCAAUCUCUACUGCGGAAAAGACCGAACAAGAAGUGGAUGCUGUGGCAGAAGAGAAGAAACUAGAAAUAGUGGAAAAGCGAGGCGAGGAGUUGGUUGUAGAACAGAAAGAAGUCAUCGUUGAGGAACGAGAAGGCGAAGCCACUAUUACAGUCGAGAUAGAGUUGAGAAGACAAGAGGAAGCGUCCGGUCUCGAGAUCGACCUUCUGGUCAACGCCUACGACAGUGGCACCACCACCGCUGCGUCCGCUCCGAAGAAGAAAAUAACCGUGGAAAGGAAAGAGAAACCUGAAGAUGAGAAGGUUCCAGCUACCGAUACACUCCCAGAGAAGGUCGAAGAAAUCGCUGCUGAAAAGACUGAGCAGAAGGAUGAAGCCGUUGUUGUGGCUCCAAUCACUGCAGCGGAAAAGACCGAACAUGAAGUGGAUGUUGUGGCAGAAGAGAAGAAACCAGAAAUAGUGGAAAAGCGAGGCGAGGAGUUGGUUGUAGAACAGAAAGAAGUCAUCGUUGAGGAACGAGAAGGCGAAGCCACUAUUACAGUCGAGAUAGAGUUGAGAAGACAAGAGGAAGCGUCCGGUCUCGAGAUCGACCUUCUGGUCAACGCCUACGACAGUGGCACCACCACCGCUCCGUCUGCACCGAAGAAGAGAAUAACCGAGGAAUGGAAAGAGAAACCUGAAGAUGAGAAGGUUCCAGCUACCGAGACACUCCCAGACAAGGUCGAAGAAAUCGCUGCUGAAAAGACUGAGCAGAAGGAUGAAGCCGUUGUUGUGGCUCCAAUCACUGCAGCGGAAAAGACCGAACAAGAAGUGGAUGCUGUGGCAGAAGAGAAGAAACCAGCAGAAAUAGAGAAGGUUCCUGUUUCCGAGACAGUCCCAGAGAAGGUCGAAGAAAUCGCUGUUGAAAAGACUGAACAGAAAGAUGAAGCCGUUGUUGUGGCUCCAAUCACUGCAGCGGAAAAGACCGAACAAGAAGUGGAUGCUGUGGCAGAAGAGAAGAAACCAGCAGAAAUAGAGAAGGUUCCAGCUACCGAGACAGUCCCAGAGAAGGUCGAAGAAAUCGCUGUUGAAAAGACUGAGCAGAAGGAUGAAGCCGUUGUUGUGGCUCCAAUCACUGCAGCGGAAAAGACCGAACAAGAAGUGGAUGCUGUGGCAGAAGAGAAGAAACCAGCAGAAAUAGAGAAGGUUCCAGCUACCGAGACAGUCCCAGAGAAGGUCGAAGAAAUCACCGUUGAAAAGACUGAGCAGAAGGAUGAAGCCGUUGUUGUGGCUCCAAUCUCUACUGCGGAAAAGACCGAACAAGAAGUGGAUGCUGUGGCAGAAGAGAAGAAACUAGAAAUAGUGGAAAAGCGAGGCGAGGAGUUGGUUGUAGAACAGAAAGAAGUCAUCGUUGAGGAACGAGAAGGCGAAGCCACUAUUACAGUCGAGAUAGAGUUGAGAAGACAAGAGGAAGCGUCCGGUCUCGAGAUCGCCUUCUGGAAGGUUGAAAACGAAGAUGAAGGUCAGCUACCGAGACACUCCAGAGAAGGUCGAAGAAUCGCUGCUGAAAAGACUGAGCAGAAGGAUGAAGCCGUUGUUGUGGCUCCAAUCACUGCAGCGGAAAAGACCGAACAAGAAGUGGAUGCUGUGGCAGAAGAGAAGAAACCAGCAGAAAUAGAGAAGGUUCCUGUUUCCGAAACAGUCCCAGAGAAGGUCGAAGAAAUCACCGUUGAAAAGACUGAGCAGAAGGAUGAAGCCGUUGUUGUGGCUCCAAUCUCUACUGCGGAAAAGACCGAACAAGAAGUGGAUGCUGUGGCAGAAGAAGAAGAACCUAGAAAUAGUGGAAAAGCGAGGCGAGGAGUUGAAGACAAGAGGAAGCGUCCGGUCUCGAGAUCGACCUUCUGGUCAACGCCUACGACAGUGGCACCACCACCCGCUGCGUCCGCUCCGAAGAAGAAAAUAACCGUGGAAAGGAAAGAGAAACCUGAAGAUGAGAAGGUUCCAGCUACCGAGACACUCCCAGAGAAGGUCGAAGAAAUCGCUGCUGAAAAGACUGAGCAGAAGGAUGAAGCCGUUGUUGUGGCUCCAAUCACUGCAGCGGAAAAGACCGAACAAGAAGUGGAUGCUGUGGCAGAAGAGAAGAAACCAGCAGAAAUAGAGAAGUUUUUUGAGACAGUCCCAGAGAAGAAGGAUGAAGCCGUUGUUGUGGCUCCAAUCACUGCAGCGGAAAAGACCGAACAAGAAGUGGAUGCUGUGGCAGAAGAGAAGAAACCAGCAGAAAUAGAGAAGGUUCCUGUUUCCGAGACAGUCCCAGAGAAGGUCGAAGAAAUCGCUGUUGAAAAGACUGAGCAGAAGGAUGAAGCCGUUGUUGUGGCUCCAAUCACUGCAGCGGAAAAGACCGAACAAGAAGUGGAUGCUGUGGCAGAAGAGAAGAAACCAGCAGAAAUAGAGAAGGUUCCUGAUACCGAGACAGUCCCAGAGAAGGUCGAAGAAAUCACCGUUGAAAAGACUGAGCAGAAGGAUGAAGCCGUUGUUGUGGCUCCAAUCACUACUGCGGAAAAGACCGAACAAGAAGUGGAUGCUGUGGCAGAAGAGAAGAAACCAGCAGAAAUAGGAGAAGCGGAAAAGACCGAACAAGAAGUGGAUGCUGUGGCAGAAGAGAAGAAACCAGCAGAAAUAGAGAAGGUUCCUGUUUUCGAACAGUCCGAGAAGAGGUCGAAGAAAUCGCUGUUGAAAAGACUGAACAGGAAGAGUGAAGCCGUUGUUGGUGGCUCCAAUCACUGCAGCGGAAAAGACCGAACAAGAAGUGGAUGCUGUGGCAGAAGAGAAGAAACCAGCAGAAAUAGAGAAGAAGAGAAGAAACCAGAAAUAGUGGAAAAGCGAGGCGAGGAGUUGGUUGUAGAACAGAAAGAAGUCAUCGUUGAGGAACGAGAAGGCGAAGCCACUAUUACAGUCGAGAUAGAGUUGAGAAGACAAGAGGAAGCGUCCGGUCUCGAGAUCGACCUUCUGGUCAACGCCUACGACAGUGGCACCACCGCUCCCUCCGCUCCGAAGAAGAAAAUAACCGAGGAAAGAAAAGAGAAACCUGAGGAUGAGAAGGUCCCAGUGAAGGACGAAGAAGAAAUGGAAGAGGAGGAUAAAGACAAGGAAGAGAAGCCGAAAGAGGAGGUUAAACCUGAGGAAGAGGACAAGAAGAAGAAGGAAGAGAAGCCUAAGGAAGAGGUCAAGCCGAAGGAAGAGUUGAAACCUAAGGAAGAGAAGCCGAAAGAGGAAGUCGUGACGAAGAUCUCUGAAGAGGCAGUUACGACUGACGUGGAGCUUGUGAAGCAGGAAGCACACUCUGGACUAGAGAUUGACCUGAUAACCAUUGUUUUUGAUAACCUAAGUUCUUCGCUAAUUCGUACUCAAAAGAGGAAAGAAAAGGAAAAAGUAAAGCCAAAAGAUGACGAUAAAGAGCUGAUGCCUAAAGAAGAAGAGAAGAAGGAAGAGGACAAGAAGAAGAAGGAAGAGGACAAGAAGAAGAAGGAAGAGGACAAGAAGAAGAAGGAAGAGAAGCCUAAGGAAGAAGUCAAGCCGAAGGAAGAAGUGAAACCGGAGGAAGAGAAGCCGAAAGAGGAGGUUAAACCUAAGGAAGAGGACAAGAAGAAGAAGAAGGAAGAGAAGCCUAAAGAAGAAGUCAAGCCGAAGGAAGAGGACAAGAAGAAGAAGGAAGAGAAGCCUAAGGAAGAAGUGAAACCUGAAGAAGAGAAGCCGAAAGAGGAGGUUAAACCAAAGGAAGAGAAGCCGAAAGAGGAAGUUAAACCUAAGGAAGAGGACAAGAAGAAGAAGAAGAAGGAAGAGAAGCCUAAGGAAGAGGAAGAAGUCAAGCCGAAGGAAGAGGUGAAACCUAGGAAGAAGAAGAAGAAGGAAGAGAAGAAGAAGGAAGAGAAACCUAAGGAAGAGGACAAGAAGAAGAAGAAGGAAGAGAAGCCUAAGGAAGAAGUCAAGCCAAAGGAAGAGUUGAUACCUAAGGAAGAGAAGCCGAAAGAGGAAGUCGUGACGAAGAUCUCUGAAGAGGCAGUUACGACUGACGUGGAGCUUGUGAAGCAGGAAGCACACUCUGGACUAGAGAUUGACCUGAUAACCAUUGAAGAGGACAAGAAGAAGGAAGGAAGUAGAAGAAGGCCUAAGAAUAAGGAAGAAGUUAAACCUAAGGAAGAGAAGCCGAAAGAGGAGGUUAAACCAAAGGAAGAGAAGCCGAAAGAGGAAGUUAAACCUAAGGAAGAGGACAAGAAGAAGAAGGAAGAGAAGCCUAAGGAAGAGGUCAAGCCGAAGGAAGAGUUGAAACCUAAGGAAGAGAAGCCGAAAGAGGAAGUCGUGACGAAGAUCUCUGAAGAGGCAGUUACGACUGACGUGGAGCUUGUGAAGCAGGAAGCACACUCUGGACUAGAGAUUGACCUGAUAACCAUUGUUUUUGAUAACCUAAGUUCUUCGCUAAUUCGUACUCAAAAGAGGAAAGAAAAGGAAAAAGUAAAGCCAAAAGAUGACGAUAAAGAGCUGAUGCCUAAAGAAGAAGAGAAGAAGGAAGAGGACAAGAAGAAGAAGGAAGAGAAGCCUAAGGAAGAAGUCAAGCCGAAGGAAGAAGUCAAGCCGAAGGAAGAGUUGAAACCUGAGGAAGAGAAGCCGAAAGAGGAGGUUAAACCGAAGGAAGAGAAGCCGAAAGAGGAGGUUAAACCGAAGGAAGAGGACAAGAAGAAGAAGGAAGAGAAGCCGAAAGAGGAGGUUAAACCAAAGGAAGAGAAGCCGAAAGAGGAGGUUAAACCUAAGGAAGAGAAGCCGAAAGAGGAGGUUAAACCUAAGGAAGAGGACAAGAAGAAGAAGGAAGAGAAGCCUAAGGAAGAGGACAAGAAGAAGAAGGAAGAGAAGCCUAAGGAAGAGGACAAGAAGAAGAAGGAAGAGAAGCCGAAAGAGGAGGUCGUGACGAAGAUCUCUGAAGAGGCAGUUAAAACUGACGUGGAGCUUGUGAAGAGGAAGCACACUCUGGACUAG